AUGACCGACACCUUUGCUUUCUUACCUCGUCAGUUUGCUUCUAAACGCAAGCCGCCCACGCCCCACUCCACCGCUCCGUCCCAUCGAAACAACCCGCCGGCAUCCACACUCAUUCAGGAACUCUCAGCUCCCCAACCAGCCAGCGAUGCCCGUUUCGAAGAGAACGACGUCCCUCUUCUUCUCGCUUUGUCGCUCUCCAAAUAUUGGCUAUGGAUGAACCCGGAGCUUCGAAUGGACAUUGAGCGCUGCACGCGUGUCCGCGCCAACGAUAAUUUUUUCCCUCUUAGCUACAUCCUCGCGCCGCCAUCUCCGCUUUCCUCCCUCGAGGCGUCAGAGACUCAAAUAGCAAAGGCUCUACGGACGCACGGAACAAGUCUUGUUGACCUGCGUAUGACCAUCCCCUCUGCAGACCACAAGCGCAAAGCAGGCAGUUUCGAGAUUCGACCAGCGUUCGACAGCGGUGGUGAAGGAGACUACCCUACAACGAGGAAGGGCUGGGAUGACAGAACCGUUUAUGUUGAGAAUUUGCCUGUCAAGUGCAAGACGCUUGCUGGAGUAUGUCGUUUUAUAUCGAGUCUUCUUCUGCCUCAAGAAGGGCCAGGGCCAUCUACCCCCAGCUCAGAUUGCACGAGAAUCCAGAAUAUCGUUUCUCCUGGCUCACAUUCCGACGAUGAGCCACCCAAGCUGAAAUCUUUCGCCCUCGUCACGUUCAAAACCGUGAAAGAUGCCAUCUCGUUGGUGGAAUCAUGGCCAUGGACGGGACUGCAAAGCUUGCAUGAAACCGAGGCCGAGAACAAAAAGGAGGCCUUCCGCUUUGGCUUUCGCGCCUGUUCGAAAACGAUAUGGGAGGGACUCAACGCAGAAUACCUACGAUACCAACAACAGCUAGCUCACCCAACCAGGUUUGCUCCGAAGCAACACGAUAUCGACCGAGAUGAACCCCGCAUUCCAACUUCAUCACCGUCUCUUUCCAUCACCCUUCCAUCUUACCCUCCGAAUUGCCUUGUCUUUAUUCGUAACCUCGACCAUGGCACCAACAAAACCGCACUCCGGGUGUUAUUCUCGACGGCUUUAGGGUACGAUGCUGGAACAGUGGACGAAGCAAUCGAUUAUGUCGACUACACCAAGGGUGUUGAUUCGUGUCAUGUCCGACUGACCAGUCCGCUCCAUGCGAAUGCCCUUGUCAAGUUCUACACUGACGCCGCUGGCGCUAUCAAGGCAGAACUGAUAACCGGAACGCGAGAAGAGGUCUAUUGGGAACGGGUACCCGAAAAAGUGCGACAACAAGCCGUUAUGAGGUUGGUGGGUGGAUCGGGAACUGAGACUGAGGAGAGGGAGCCUAAACGCAGGAAGAAACGAUGA